GGGCGACACCCAGCUCGGCUGCGGUUCCGCCCAGCCCGGCCCGCCGCGCGCAGCCUUCGCCGCCAUGUCCGCCGGGGCCAGCGUGAGCGCCCUGCAGCGCCUGGUGGAGCAGCUCAAGCUGGAGGCCGGCGUGGAGAGGAUCAAGGUCUCGCAGGCAGCCGCGGAGCUCCAGCAGUACUGCAUGCAGAAUGCCUGCAAGGAUGCCCUGCUGCUCGGCGUGCCAGCCGGGAGCAAUCCUUUCCGGGAGCCCAGGUCCUGUGCUUUACUCUGAAGACUGGGAAGGAGUUCUGGGAAGCACACGGGCAAGGAUGACCGCCCACGUCCCAAGAAGACAGUUUCCACAGCCAAAUCCCAUUCUCUGUUGCCUGGUCCUAGAGCCAAACUCUACAGAAAUCCAUUUUUGUAACCCUCACCCCAAAAUUUACUGAGCUGCAUCUCUCACCUCACAGAACCUGCGUUGCUCCGCCGGGGAUAUGGGCAUGUUUUACUUACUUGGGGUUUACAUUUUAGGAGGGACGUUUUGUUUUCAAAAACUGAGAUUUGUAAUUUUCCUAACAUUUUUAUACUCUAAUAAAAUUUGUUCAUAAGAA